AUGAGGCCUGGUUCUAGAAAGAACACAUCUACAGAACCUGAUGAAGCUGUUGGACCUUUGCCAACCACAAAAGAUAUUAUGGAACAAGUAAAGAAACAAAUGAAAAAAGAUAAGUUGUUAAACAAAGCAACAAAUUUUGGAAUAAGGGAGGGAUUAGGAGCUAUACCACAGGCAGAAAUACAACCCAUUAGGGUUGCUAUUGGGAAAAUGCUAGGAGAAGGUGUCAUGGAGAAAUAUGAGAAAGGAAAGGCUAAUGAAGGAACAUCUACAUCAACUCAACCUCCUCCUGACACAACAACAACAUCGACUCAACCUCCACCUACUACAACGACACAAGCUCCUAUCUUUACAUCAUCAACUACUACAAUUCCUAUAAGAGUGUCGAUGUCUACACCCACUAGCACAUUUGCUACAAUGAUAGUAACAUUACCCCCAUUAAUACAAAAUAUUGCACCUAUAAUGACUCCUACUACUAAAAGGGUGACCAUUCAUAAUAUUGAGUCCAAUUCUGAUCAGGAGGAUCAACAACCUAUUAUACAAUUGACAUGA